GGGCCCAUCACAGGUGCAGGCGUGAUGUCGGCCCAGGAACUUGUGGCCUGCCUCUGCCGGGAGGGUGACCAGCACCUGGCCCUGGGGGAGACCCCACUGGCCACCGCCUUCUACUUAGCUGCCUUCAGCUGCCACGCCCCCUCAGCCGUGCGGCGCGUCCGAGCUGCCCUGGCCGAGGCUCGGGGGUUGCCGGUGGUAGCCACCCUGGAGGCCUGGUGCCGAGGUGACAGCCAGAUCCCAGCCAUACACUGGGACGGCAUGGCAGUGGUCUCCCUGACGGGGACCCUGGCCUCUGCCUUCCUGGCCACCCUCUGCCCAGACCACCCCGCCACGGUCCUGCACUCCCUGGCCGGCCUGCUGGCACGUGGGCGCCACGGGGAGGUGGCGCGGCGCUGCAGUGCCCUGCUGGACGCUCAGUCCCAGCAAGCGCUGGAGCUGCAGCUGACCCGCGCCCUGGCCUGGGUCCUGUCCGGGACGCAGGUGGAUGCUGGUGUGGCCGACUACCUCCGGGCCUUCGCAUCGAGCGCAGACAGGACCGUGGCCUUCAUUCACACCCAUCAGCAGACCUACCUCCCCACACUGGUCGGAGCCCUCCAGGACUACAUCUCUCAGAGCCAGGAGGCCGGGGACAGCACCAGCCAGCAGGAGACCGACUGCCAGGGACUCCUGGCAGCCCUGGACCCUGGGGGCAUCUGGAGAGAUGCCCUGUCUCCCGAAGCCCUGCUCCGCGGUGGCAGGUAUGAGGACUGCCGGGCGGCAUGCAGCCGGGCCCUUGAGGUUGACUGGAUGGGCAGCAGACCCCGAGGUGAGCGUUUGGCCGCCCUGCUGGUCACUCGCGCUGCCGCGGCCUUCUUCCUGGACAGUGGGGUCCAGGACCUGCUUCAGGACCUGCACGAGGCCUUCCACCAAAGCCCCUCGGGGGCGCGGAGUCAGUUCGAGACGGUGCUCUCGGCCGGGGACCAGGAGCGCGUGCGGGCCCAGGCGCAGGAGGCCGCGGACCUGGGCUUCGCCCACUUCCAGGAGGCCGUGCGGAGGCGUCCCGAGCUCCGCGAGGAUUCGGGCCACGAGCUGCUUGCCCCGGUGACCCGUGCGCUCCGUGUCCUGAUGCGCGUGGCACCGCCCGAGGCGCGCCUGGCACUGGGCGCUCGCCUGGCCGAGUGCCUUCUGCUGGCCGGGGAUGUGGCCGGCGCGCGGGCACUGUGCGAGCGCUUGCUGCGGCCCCGGCGCCCCGGGGACCCUGCGGGGGACCGCGUGUCCCUGCUGGCGCUGCGCGGCUUCUGCGCACUGCACACGGGCGACACGCGGCGCGCCCAGGAGGACUUCCAGACGGUGGUGGAGCUGGGGCCGCCGCACCUGGGCGGCUGCAUGCGAGCCCUGUGCGGCCGCGGGCUGCUGCGGGUGCUGGCGGGCAGCACGUUCCUGGGCGCGCUGGACUAUGUCACUGCCUGCCGCCUGCGGCCCGAGGAAGCUCUGCUCAUCACCAAGGCCUACGUGCCCUGGAACCAGCGGGGGCUGCUGCUGACCGUGCUGCGGGAGGAGGGCCGGAGGAUGCUGCAGCGCAGGCUGGACCCGGGACCCACGCGCGGGCCGGGCCGCAGCAGGAAGGCCGCUGUCGCGGAGAUAGAGACCCCCGCUGCGCAGGAAGGGGACGCCCGUGGCGUGUACCAGCUGGCCACACUCCUGAUGGAGCUGGACUCGGAGGAUGAGGCUUCGCGCCUCCUGGCGGCCGAUGCCCUGUACCGCCUGGGCCGCCUGGACGACGCCCACAAGGCCCUGCUGGUGGCCCUCUCCCGGAGGCCUCAGGCGGCCCCUGUGCUCGUGCGCCUGGCCCUGCUGCAGCUCCGGAGGGGCUUCUUCUACGAUGCCAACCAGCUGGUGAAGAAGGUGAUCCAGUCUGGGGACACGGCCUGCCUCCAGCCCACCCUGGAUGUCUUCCAUCAAGAGGACCGGCAGCUGCUGCGGGGCCACUGCCACGCGCGGGCCCUGGCCAUCCUGCGGGCACGACCCGGCGGGGCCGAGGGUGAGGUCCACACCAGGGAGGCCAUCGCCUACCUCUCUCUGGCCAUCUUUGCUGCAGGGAGUCAGGCAAGUGAGUCCCUGCUGGCCCGCGCCCGCUGCUACGGGUUCCUGGGCCAGAAGAAGACCGCGAUGUUCGACUUCAACUGCGUGCUGAGGGCGCAGCCGGGGAACGCGCAGGCGCUGUGCGGGCGGGCGCUCCUGCACCUGGCCCUGGACCAGCAGGAGGAGGCGGUGGACGACAUCCUCUCGGCUCUGAAGCUUGACCCGAGAACCACGGUCCCUGAGAUCCGCUCCCUGAAGCCAGAGGCCCAGGCUCUCAUCACGCAAGGCCUCUCCUCCCGAUGCCGGGCCGGCCUGAGCCAGCUGCUGGACACCGGGCCGCCCCUCAACCACGAGGACGCCCGGGGCCUCCUGGCCGCAGGGGAAGCGCUGAUCAAAAUCGAUGCGGGGCAGCCCAGCUGGCACACCCUCCUGGCGGACGUGCUAGCCGCAGUGGGCAACUUUGAGGAGGCCAGCGCCCGCCUGCAAGAAGCCCUCCAGCAUGACUCUCCAUCAGAGGCAGCCCAGGCCCGGCGUGGCCUAUUUCGGCUCAAGAAGGGGGAUGUGCUGGCUGCCGCACGGGACCUGCAGUGCCUGGCAGAGACAGACGCCCAGGACCUCCGCUUCCUGCUGCGUCUCCUGGAUGCCUCAGAGCGGCAGAGCCUCACCCAGGCCGCAGCCCAGGAAGCUGACACCCUCCUGAGCUCAGGGCAGCCCGGCCAAGCGCUCGGCUACUGCUCACUGGCCAUCCUGGCGGGUGGUGGCGGUGCCUGCCACCUGCGCCUGCGGGCCACCUGCCUGGCCGAGCUGCAGGAGUUUGGCCGGGCUCUCAAGGACCUGGACCAUGUGCUCCAAGAGGGUUCAGGGGACGGCGACCUUCAGAUGCAGGCAGAGGACCUAUGCUCCCAGGGACGCCUGUUGCUGAGCGUGGGAGACGAGGCCAGGGCUGCGGGGGCCUUCGCCCAGGCCCUCAGGCUGGCGCCCACACUAGCCCAGAGCAGCCUGUGGGCGCGGCCGGGCCGGGCCCAGACCGCCCGCGUGCUCCUGUGCCGUGGGCAGCGCUGCCUGGAGGAGCAGCGCUACACUGAGGCCUGGACGGCAGCUGAGGGCGGCCUCCUGGUGGACCCCGAGCAUGGCGGCCUGAGGAGGCUGAAGGCGAGAAUCCAGAGGGAGGCGUCCUCGGGCUGCCGGCUCCAUUGACCCAACACUCUCCGGGCCCGGCCAUGGGGCCCCCCCCAUCAUUACCAUUCCUUGUCCAGACCCUGCGGUGCACCGCCCCCCAAAUCAGGGAGGUGCUCACCUGCCCUCACACCCUUCCCAGUCCUGGGAUGGGUCAGCAUUGGCCAACCAGCCCUGGGGAGCGGAAGGGAGACAUCCUGCUUGCCUGGAGUGACUGUCCUGGGAGGCUCAGAGCCCUUGUCUCACGGCAACCUGGCCCCCAAAGCUCCCAGGUCCUUGCCCCUAGCUUGAGGCCUGCAGGUUGGCUGGGGCCCAGGCCAGCCCCCCGUGGCCCUGGGGAGACGGUGUCAGCGCGUCCCCAGGUGUGAAGCACCCUUGACUCUGGCCUGACCUUCAGGCCGGGCUCCUGCAGGGUCUGUCCCCUCGAGGGCAAAACUCCCGAGCCGGCCUGAGACCCAGGCCUUCAUGAGUGCUGCUCUCCAGGGAGCCCGGGGCCUUGGGGGUGGUGGUGUGGCCCCGCCCUCCCCAGCCAAGCAGAGAGACCUCCGAGGGGCCCCUAAUGAGCAGAGCAGCCGGGCUUCUUGGCAGUGCGGUCUGAUGUAAAGGUGUUUGCUGCGUGGAUUAAACCUGCCCACCCCCACCACAGUUGGCUUGGAAAACCUUCUCCCCGGAGGGAGCGGAGAAGCCCAGCCCUUGUCCACCAUGCAUUCCAAGGAAGCCACGUCCAAGUAACACAGUUCUGUCUCGUUCAUGAACGCAGCUGCUGGACAAGCCGUCGGGCGAAGCAGAGGGGACUGGCCACGCCACACCCUCCCAUCUCAGCACUCAACUUGCUCCCCUCCCUGGCUGUCCCCUCUUCCUCUGCCCAUGCACAGACCCUCUACCUGCUGCCCUCGGCUCCGCUCCCCACCUCCCAAUUGACCCGUCCAGGGGCCCAGGCAGGGAGUGACCCCAGUCCUCACCCCCCUUCACAGAGGUGCCAGACCCCGGGCUGCAGGUGAAGUGGCCACAUGGGGUGGGCAGCCCCCUCCCCCUCGGGCCCCUCCCCAUCACCCACCACUAAGUGGGAGCCUUCAUCCCAGGGGCACCAACUGGGGCCUGCUGGUCUGGGGCUGCCCACAGCUGGGCCAGGAGCCAGUGUCUUCCAUGGUGAGGGACCAGGGAAGGGAGCCAGGAGAGUGGGGAGAGGGCUCCACGGGGGCACUGCCACUGGAUUCCUCUGCUUGGCCAGCCUCUCUCAGGAUCUUUGAGCCGUUCCCAUGUCUCUAGCAUUUCCCCAUGCGUGAUCCUCGCUGGAUCACCCCAUCCACCUGUCCAUCGCCGUGUCCAGCUGCGUGUUCAUUGGCUCAGUGAGCUCCAGGAGCCAGUGUGGACCUUAGUUCAGGGACACACACACAAGGGUCUGAGUGGGUCAGUUGGCUUUUCUGAGGCCAUGAGGUGAGAGCUGGUCCAGGGCCCAAGGUCAGCCGAAAAGGGCCAGCCUCAGAACUGCCGGGAAGGUCGGAGGCAGGGGGGAGAUGUCCCUGUGGGUGCCCUCCCCCCAACCCCACCCCACGCAUUCCCCCUGCUGUCCUCUAUCCAAGACGUCCUGCCUCUUGCGUCCACUCAAGGCUGGAGCCCAUCACACUGAGCGUGUGGGUGCCCGACUGCUGCCACCGCUUUCCAGGACCUGGUGCUCUUUGCAGACCCCGCCCCCAACGCUCCCUGAGCAGCCCCGACCUGCCCCACUCCCGGCUCCUCACUGCUGAGUUGGAGGCUGAGAAGCCAGGCCUGAAUGUGCCUGGACAGAGGGCAGCCGUCUCCUUGCAGCCUGGCUGCCUGGCCUCACCUCUCACGUCUGCCCUGCCGCUGCCUGGCACCAGGACUGCUCGCGACGGGCCUCUCCCCACCCCACCCCCCCGCCUCCCUGGGCAGGAGCCGGGAGGAUGGAGCUGACUGCUGGCCAGCAAGCUCACGGCCAAGCGCUGAAGUGGCCCUGCGCGCCUUUCCCCGGUCUUCACGUCUGUUACUGCUCUCCUUUCCUCCCUGGGGACAGAAGAAAGCCUCGUCCCGUUUUGAAAGCUAAGGUCGGAAAGAUCCAAAGAUUUGCCCAGGUUCAUAGUCAACUUAGCUGUGAAGUCUAGGAACCACACCCAAGCUCCCAGCUCUCGAGGCAGCUUCAACAGAAGGCAGGCUGGGGGACCUGCAGAGACGGGCUCAUCCUGCCAGCUCCAGGGGCAAAGUUGUCCUGCCCAAGUCCUCCCACCUCCACCUGGGCCGGGCGACGGUCCCACAUCUGCGGGUACGUGUGGGGGUGUCUGUUAUCCCGGCCUCCCGCCGUGGCACGCAUGUGGACAAGAACUAGCAGGCUCUGACAGCCCCGGCAGCAGAACGAUGGCAUGGCUAACAAUGCAAAUCAGACUCUUACCGAGAAUGGAGGCUGCACCUUAUUCUCACAAAAUCACGUUUUAAUUGACCAAGAAAAUGUUCGUGAUGUUCGUAUAUGGUAUAGACAGCGUUACCUACUCUCAAGACAAUAAAGAUAUGAAUUAAAUUUUAAAAAUUCCUUGCAGGUAAAACAGCUCUUGGGUCCUAGAGGAUAUCAAAUCUGCAAUUGCAGAAUAUUGGAAACAUCGUAGUAACAAAAACAGUCCAGGCAGUCACCUCUGGGAAACAGUCACGGCCGUGUCCAGAGGGAAGUUCAAGCCUGGAGUACAUUACUAGCCAGUGAAAAUGAAGUACACAUUCAAUUUGAGAAAUUAGAAAAAGACAAUAGAAGAAAUCAGAAGGCAGGAAUUAGUAACAAUAAAAGCAGAAAUGAAUAAGUUAGGAAUAGAAAGACAGAAGAAUAAAUCCAUAAUAUAAUGCUUCAAAAAUUGAAUAGAUGAGCCAAUAGCUAACUUAAUCUAGAAAGACAGAAGAGCACAAAGGAACCAAAAUUUUUAAAGAUGACAAGAACCAAAUCACAUGGGGGAAAUUUAAAGAAUCAUAAGACAUUAAUUUUCUCAACUCUGCAAGUAAAUGUGGAGUCUGGAUGAAAUGUAUUGGUUCCUAGGAAAAUAUUAUUUAACUAAACUGAGUCCAGAAUAGAUACAAAAAUUACACAGGACAAUUACCACGGAGGGAAAGAGAAAGCUGUUAAGGAGCUUUUCCCCCAAAGCAACUCCAGUUCCAGAUGGUGUCAGGGGAGACCUGCCAGCCUUUAAAGAACAGUCGGAUCCUAAUUCCUUCAAACUCCUUCACAGCCAAGAAAAAGCAGAGAAGCUUCCAAGUUCUUUUUGGAAGAAAGCAUAAUCUCGCCCAAGUGAAAGCCGCCAACCAACUUCAUUUACAAAUUCCCGGUUCAGAGAGCCCGAAGGAAACACCAACAAACCUGAGUCCAACAGCACAUUGAAAAGAGGCGGUAUGAGCAACGUAUACAGGAAUGCAAGGACGGUUCAAAAUCACCACGGGAGCAGAGCUAAGGAAGAAGUCAGUCCUGGGACCCCUCCUGGGGGCUGUGGCAGAGGGCUCGGCCACAUGCGAUAAAUCCACCCUGACACUCUAUCUCCCCGUGCCUUUGGGUCUCUUCCUGUACAUGACAUCGGGAGGUUCUGACAUCUCAGCCUCGUUAACCGCAGACCACGGUCUGGUGCAGAACUCACUCAGCCAGGCGAACUGUUGGAGUCACUCCCCAAGCUGAUGUGAGUUAACACGCACAUUCAGGAUCUCUGGCAGGUGCACCCGUAUCGACAGAGCCAACCCAGCCCAGCACGGUGUUCCUUCCCCCUGCCGUGGUCUGACACCCCUAGUCUUCAACCCCACACAGACGUCCCAGGCUUCUCAGUGUCAAUAAUUACAUGUUGAAAUUGUUUGGGUGUACAUGCUGUUUCCUCCUGGGUCAGGCUUUGUGCUCCCCAGCCCACAACCCGAGCAUGCUGAGAUUGGACCCUGCUGAUGGGUCCGGGGUCUGUGGGGG